CCCUGACUCCGGGACAAAGGUGAAACCCUGCGUCUAUUCCCGGACACGUUUUGACUCGAACCAGCCUGGAGGAGCCUGGAGAGCUUCUCCCAUCAUGUCGCUGACCCAGGAGUCCGUCCUGGCCCUGCUGGUGUCGGAGGGAGGCCGGGUGAAGAAGUCAGAGCUGGUGAGGAAGUUUAAAGGCUCCAUGGACUGCGUGGAUCCCGACCAGAAGGAGCGGAACAAGGAGCUGUUCAAGAGCUUCGUCAACAACGUCGCCGUCGUCCGAGAAAUCGACGGCGUCCGCUAUGUUGUCGUCAAGAAGGUGUACCAGCAUUUACUGGAGGGAGAUCCGACCGGGAGCAGCUGCGAGGAGGAGCCGGGGAGCGAAGGGCCUGCCCGGGCAGGUGAGCAGCAGCGCCCACCUGUGCGGGACCAGGGCUCUGCGGGUCCGGGAGGAGAAGACGAGCCAGAUGGUCCUGACCUGGAUCAGGCGAGUGAAAGUAGAGACAACCCAACCGAGUCACUGAGUCCCAUACAGCUGGCUCUGCGGAGGACCAGGUCCACGGACGUCAGGGUCAAAAAGAUGCUGAGUUUUGAGGUCCAGAGCCAGGGCACCAGUGGAGAUGGUUGCUUCCCAAGGGCUGAAGCAACAAAGUCCCAAACCAUCCAGAGCAAACCCUUCGCCUUGCCUCUGAGAGUGCCCCCCAGCGCCACUAGGGUGGAGGUCCACAAGCUGAAGGUGGACCCUGAUGACCCUCCUGAAAGUCCAACACCAGAUGCCCACGGGUACAAGAGAGGACCCCCCUCAGUGGAGGACAGGACGGGGGGCAGCGUGGGCUCACCCCAGCUCAGGAGGCCGGUGAAGAGCACCAAGGCGUCAGAGGAGCAGAAGGAGAACCGGGUUCCCUCCCUGGUUCCCCUGGAGCAGGCGGAGCACGAGUGGCUGGUCAAGUGUGCCGCCGGCCACUGGAGCCAGGCGUACGGCCUCCUGCUGAGAGACAGCCAGCUGGCCGAGAAGAGGGACUUCAUGUCGGGGUUCACCGGCCUCCACUGGGCCGCCAAGUGUGGAAACAGCGACAUGCUCACCAAGAUCGUGGACCUGUCCAGGCAGGGGGGAGUGGAGGUGGACAUUAACGCCAGGACACACGGCGGCUACACUCCUCUGCACAUUGCCGCCUUGCACGACCAGGAGUACAUCAUUGCCACGCUGGUCGGGGAGCACCACGCCGACGUGAGGGUCAGGGACAACUGCGGGAAGAGGGCCUACCACUACCUGCACAAGGGGGUGUCCAAGAGUGUGAGGGAGAUGCUGAGUGAACCCAAGGUCCAGCCGGCUCCGGACAGGGUCCCGCCCGAGAGAGAAGAGCCCGAGCUGCUCCCAGAUCUCCCCAAGGGUCUGCACUCAAUAAGCCGUCUCUUCCAGCCGCAUGGGUCGGGCCUCAAGAAGAAGCCCAAGCAAAGGUCAGCGCUCUACUCCCUGAGCGACGACCCCGGCGAGGAGAGAGAGGACAGCGGUGUCAGACCGAGAGAAGCUUUGAUCUGAAGGAAGAACUCCCUCUUGUCUCACUUGAAAGACUUAUAUUGACAUUUUGCUGAUUUUUGGGCCUUCUCUCACACACAAAAACUGAAAAAUACUUAGAAAUAAUAAUGAUUUGAAGUAUUAAUUCUAUCAGGUAUCGACUUCUGGAGAUAAUUCAUUACCGGGAUUGAUCAGAUUUUAGAUUCUUACUCUAGGUUUCCUAUGAGAGGUGAAUAUAAAGGUUUCGGUUUCGAACUGUGAAUCAGACAUGACUCAUCUGUGGUCUCCUGGUCUUAUCAGUCUUUUAGUCUUUAUUAUGAUUUUAUUUUAUAUUAUAGCGUUUCAGUUCAGGCAACAAGAAACUGCACCAAUUUUGUAUUUAUUGCAAUCAUUCAGGAAUUUUAACUAGAUUUUUAAAUGGCUGUUCUCAAAGAAUAAUUUCUCAAUCUUUUUUUUGUCGUAAAAAGAAAUGAAUCUACAACAAAGACAGUUUGUUACUGAUUGAACUUGUUCCCCUGUGUUUUCGUCUCUGAGUCAGAACUGAACCGAGAACAGAGAUGGUCAGACUCUCGGUUUCCAGAUGCAAAAAAUAAAAAAGGAAGGGGGGAAUCAAACCUGUAGAA